UUGCUAGCUAGCCUGCAUAGUAAGGUUGGCUUCAUAGCAUUCAUUGCCAUGGUUAUCAAUUGAACCGCUGAAAUGGAACGUAAAUCACAGAAAAUAAAGUGGUGACAGCUGCAUAUAAGUACUUGGAGGUACGGUAUUUGACAAUAGUUAAAGGGUGUAACGUUAGUGGGUUUUUAAUGAGUGUAGGUGGCAGCUGCAGAGAAGUACCUGGGUGUACGAGAUUUUACUGCAGAAGAGGUAAUGGGGUGGUGAUUUUAAUAAAAUAGUGGUAUAUACUGUAGGUGUAGGGUUAAGUGGUGGAUGUAUUUAUUUUAGUUACAGGAAUAAUGAGAGUAAUGUAGGUAGGAAAUGACUGGCCCCACUUUAGUAUAGUAGGUGGCGGUGUACGUACAUUUAAAUUGGAUGCGAUCCGCCAAUCCCGAAGUAGGAGAAUCAAAUCAAAUGUAUUUAUAAAGCCCUUCUUACAUCAGCUGAUAUCUCAAAGUGCUGUAUAGAAACCCAGCCUAAAACACCAAACAGCAAGCAAUGCAGAGAAGAAGCUAGCUGGCUUGUGCUUGUAGUCAAUUAAUAAAAAAUAUGUUCAACGAAAUCGUUUUUCGUGCGCGUGUAGCGUCCGUUAUGGAAACUUUGACAGCAACAGCCGUGCUAGCAGUGUGUCAAAUAAUGGAAGAAAGCUACGCUGCUCUUCGUGUGGAAAUGGAGUGUGGCCAUGAACCGAAUAGGAAGCCCCUGGCGAAGGAGAUUGGCACAGGGAGGGAGAAGGAGCCUGUGCAAGCAUUUAGCCCUUGCCGUUCUUCUGAUCGUAUACAAAUGGCAGGUUUGAGAAAGACCCCUGUUGAAGAACAGCAGGAUGAAGAAGAGGCCAGCGGUGCUGAUAUGGAAGAUGAUCCCUUUGACCACGAUGAUCCCACAGGUCAUGAUGAUUACGCUCCACUGUUACCGAUGUCAUCGCAAGGACCAUCACAGCCUGUUAAACCAAAGACCACAUCCUCUCUGGUUAAGCUUACGGAAGAUGAGGUGCACCAUUCGAUUGUUCCUGUCAAUUCUCUACUAUCACUCACAAGAUGCACAACCUGCUGCAAAUUGUUCCACUGUCCACUUUGUCUCAGCUUUAAACCAACCAAACGCUCAAGAUUACAGCGCCAUGUUGAUGUGCACCUGAAAAAUGCAGUGUCUUUCAAAGAUAAAAAGAUUUGUAAAUGCAAUUUGGACUGUAGGACAGAUGGCCAUUAUCACUGCCCCCAGUGUGAGAGAACUAUCAUCAGGAGGGAUGCCAUGGCAAGUCAUCUGCUGUUGUGUCAAGGGGCUUCAGCUCCUGUUUCAUCAGCUGCACUGCCCUCUACGCAUGCUGUACCGUCCACACCUUUGGUACUGCCCACGCCUGCUGUAAACCAGCGUAUUAAAAUCACCACCCAUAUCCAACUGCCUCAUAGUCCAGCCUAUAGGACUCUGACGACUAUGUGUGAUCACUGUGGUUUUGUGCUCCUGAGAAAGAACUUGAAGCAGCACCUGCUGAGGAAACACCCGGAGAUAGCCACUCCAUUGGAGGGAGCAGAAUCAGAUCCUGUGUCUGUGGCACAACAACACGGCACCAUGAAACAUGCUGAAGGGACCAGACUGAGACAGAGACUGACCGCCACCUGCACCAUAUGUGGGCGUAUGGUGACCAUGAAGAACAUGCGAGCACACAUGAACAGAAAACACCCUGAUUCCUGGUAGAUGCCUGCUUUGCAAACAGAGGCAUUAUAGCCUGAUCUCAGAUCUGUUUCUGCUUUUGCUUUUUGUCAUUGAGAAGCAAAACAAUUUGGCCAAGAAAAAGAGUACAAGGAGUGGAAUGUUAGCAAAACAGGUUCUGGAUUUCAGGCUAUAGGCUUCAUGCAUCAACUACUUCAUUGAUGGCUGAAUUCUAUUAUAAUAUUUUUAUAACAAAUCUUGUACAUUCAUGUUGUAUAUUUUUUUACCAUACAAAUGGAGAAAAUUGCAUUUGUUAAUCUGACCCCUCAGUUUCAUUGGGUUACGGUUAUGACCUGGCUGCCAGUUCCAUUUCCAAGGCCUGAGUGCUGGUCUUGCAAACAAGCACAACAAACAAUUGGGGAGGAAAACUAUAGACAUUUUGAACAUUUCUUGCAGUCUCUAUAACUUGUUAAAGUUGACUAUUGUACAAAGUAUGUUGAAAAGAUGGGGAAUCAUGCUCCACUCACUCACACCAAACAAUGGUUGUUCAAAUCUARGCUAUUACAAUCAAGUUAUAUAGCUUAGUAUUUUAUAGCUGUAGAAAGGUACAUAGCAGCUUAUAAGAUCAAGAGGAUGAGAAUGUUUGAAAGUUGUUCAGGCAGUUUGUCUUGUUGAUUUUGUUUAGUGGGAGAAAAGAAAACGCCACUUAUGCUGUUGGGAAAUUUCCUAUUAAUAUUUGAGUAUCAAAUAAAUUCUCAACAAAAGAUGUAAGAAGCUGCUAGAAUCAAGGGCGUAUCUAAACUUGUAUUUACGGUAUUUCACCGGCCCGCCCAACCUCGUCAGCUGUCCGGGAACUAAUCAGAAGAAAACUUCCGGGGGAUGUGAAGAGGUGUGAAAAGGUGAAGCCACCAUCUGAUAACAAAGAAGAUGUUUACUGUAGCCUUCUCACAUAACAGUAGGAACAAAUUAGAUUGUUUGUUGUAGUCUACUUGGUAACCAUGUCUCACGAACUCGCUUUUCGUUGUCGUGUCACCUCCAUUAUGGAAGCUUUGACAGCAACAGUCGUGCAAGAAAUCUGUCAAUUUAUGGGAGAAAGCUAUGCUGCUCUUCGAGUGGAAAUGUUGCAUGAACAAAAUAAAAAAGAGACAAGGAUGGAGAAGCCAGCGAACUGCCUUAAGAACGCUUCAAAACCUGUUACCCCACCAAGUUUUGGAAACUUUCCAAUCGUGGGGCAAAUCCUCAAUAAACAAGAGGCCAACUAUCAUUGGCUAGAAGACGGUGCUGUUUUUGAAGGCCUAGCAUCACCGGUGCCAGAGACGGAGAGACAAGAGCCAYCACAGCCCCCUGGUCAGAUUACAGACACGGUACCAUGGCCAGUAUGGCUCAUCAAACAGGAGGAAAUGGCUGAUGAUGAUCUGGAAUCGGAAGGUUACGGCGAGUGGAUUCCAGAGACUCCCAAGGCCAACCAGAAUAUCRSRGGAGAAAGUGAUGAGGAAGAGAGAAGUCCAGCCUCUGGGGGAUCCAGAGAACUUGGACUYGACGACUUCAAGAGAGAACAGAGUCCGUUGCUGGUGUCAGCUGAGGAUGCUGCGACACCCAUAAAGACAAAGUAUAAAACACGCAUGUUAGAACACACYGGGAAGCCACGUUUUCGCUGCGAUAUCUGCGGUGAGAAAUUCCAGCGUCAGAGCGGCUUGACCAGGCACCAGCGGCACAAACACAACACCGUGAAAACCUACAGUUGCGCUGUGUGUGGGAAAGGGUUCACCUACAUCAAAUCCCUCAACACGCAUGAGCUCACGCACUCUGAGGUCUCUAUCAGUUCAACUAUAACUCUGGAUGAAGCCAAGGCAAGGAAAAGAGGUCUGACUGAUGAACCCACAGACAGAAAUGCAGCAAGAGAUAUGAUCAGUGCCAUCCUUCACUCAAAGCCGGGUGGAGAAAAGGUAUUCCAGGAGUAUGGGAAAACCAAAGGUCUUACGGAUAGCACACGGAGACUGAUGGUGAACAUUAUUGUGGCCGACAUGAUGGAAAAAUCUGGGUACGUAUGA